AUGGCGCCAAGACCGCCCUCGGAUGUAAUUUUUGUGGAUGGCCGGCUAGCAUCGGUGGAAGGAGGAAGAGAGGGAGGCCGGAUGGGAGGAGGGAUGGCCGCCGAGAGCAGCAAGCGUCCACCGAGCAGUGUUCUGGGAUCGAAGCGCGGCGCGCCCAGCAUCAGCACAGCGGACGAUACGAGUAGCUGCGAGGACAGGGCGAGAGAGAGAGAAGAGCAAGAGAAGCACGCUGUGGCCGGCACGGCGCCAAAUGCAGCCGCCACUACAUCGUUUGGGCUCCAAGCAGCAGCAGUAACAGCAGCAGCAACAGCAGCGCAACAGCAGCAGAGAAGCAGCGGUGCAGCAGUACUGCUCUAUCGCCAUCCUGGAAAAACCGUCCAUGCGCACGCCGAAAGGCUGGCGCCCGCGACCCGGACACCAGCAGCAGCACAAGAGAGAUACAAAGCAGCAGCAGCAGCAGCGGAAGCAACCGGACGGCUUGGUGACCUAGUCCUGGAAAUGCUCCAGAAGGCGGCGCACCGUGCGUGA